AUUGCCCCCCCCGCCCCCAACACACACAUCCCAGGGGCCGGAUCGGGUCUCCGCAGGUUCAGUUUGGUUCCCACAGCUGUCAGAGGCUCCUAUUCCGCCCGAGGGCUUGGUAGCCCUGGAGUGGGCUCACUCCGGUACUGGGCUCACUCCAGUACUAGUGUCUUCUGGAAGCCGAGUGCAUUACUCGGUCUCUUAGCAACGAAGGACAGGCCGCGGUUUGAGAGAGCGGCGGCGCAGUCCAAAUUGCUCAGGCGCUAGCCGGGACUCCCGAGCCCGGCCCAAAUAGGAGCCGAAAACCAGAGCUUGGAAGAAUAAGCAGGAAAUGGCGGACGAGGCGUUGUUUUUGCUUCUCCAUAACGAGAUGGUGUCUGGAGUUUACAAGUCCGCGGAGCAGGGGGAGGUGGAAAAUGGACGCUGUAUUACUAAGCUGGAAAACAUGGGGUUUCGAGUAGGACAAGGACUGAUAGAAAGGUUUACAAAAGAUACUGCAAGGUUCAAAGAUGAGUUAGACAUCAUGAAGUUCAUUUGUAAAGAUUUCUGGACUACGGUAUUCAAGAAACAAAUCGACAAUCUAAGGACAAAUCAUCAGGGCAUCUAUGUACUUCAGGACAACAAAUUUCGUCUGCUUACUCAAAUGUCUGCAGGAAAACAGUAUUUAGAACAUGCAUCUAAGUAUUUAGCAUUUACAUGUGGCUUAAUCAGAGGUGGCUUAUCAAACCUAGGGAUAAAAAGUAUUGUAACAGCUGAAGUGUCGUCAAUGCCUGCCUGUAAAUUUCAGGUGAUGAUACAGAAGCUGUAGAACAUACUGAAAUGCAAGGCUUCAACUGUGUAAAGAGUUAAAUUAUUCAUGUAUAAAGUAUUUCAAGUAGCAAUGAUUUAAUUACAUUGUUGGACAUUUGUGUUGAUAUAAGCUAUUUGCUAACUUAUAUAAUGAAAGAUGCACUCUUAAGCAGGAAUAAGAUUGUAUUUUAUCAAUUUAACAUAGACCAAGUUAAAGCAUAUGGAGACAUUCUGCCAUAACAUACACUGUAAUUAAACUAUUCAAAAUGAAGAAAACCUGAUUUCAAAUAAACACCAAGAUGUAGGACCCUUAUUUUAAACAUUUUUAUUUGCUUAGAGUGAUGGAUAUUUAACCACAGAUGGAGAAGCAAAACUAAGGGUUUGAUAAAUUAGCAUAUGAAAAAAUAUGCAACAAUCAGAAUCAUUUAUGUAAGAAUGAACAAAUUUGAUUUUAUGAAAUUGUUAUUUAAGAAAGCAAACAGCACACAUUAGAUUUUAUUACUUACAAGUUUAAGAAUUUUUAUGCCCAUAUAGGAUUUCAUUUUUACAUUGUAUGUGUGACAUGUCAUAUCUGACUGCCUAAAUUGCUUAAAAACUUAAUUUCAUUUUAAUAGAAUUCAGACUUUGAGAGCUCUGUUAAUAAAAGUGAAAUAUAGAUUAGUUUAUAUGUGAAUUCAGUGACUCCAGGGCCAAAGAAAAUAAGGUAUUUUAGGAAGGAAUUUUUAUAUUUACUCCUGUUACAGUUUCAGCUUUUCUCUCUUUGCCUGGAAGUACUAGUGAAGUUUCUAACUUCUUUCUUUAUUCCCUUAUUGACUCUUCCUCACGGUAGAAGGGUAGAUUUGGUGUCUGGUGAGGGUCUGCUUUGUAGUUCAGAGGGAUGUUUUUUAACUGUGCCCUCACUUGCUAUUGAGGGGACUAGCUAAAUCUCUGGGGUCUCUUAUAAGGGCACUAAUCCCAUUCUAGAAGGCUUUCCCUCUUUAUACUGUCACCUUCAGGGUUAGGAUUUGAACAUAUGCAUUUUGGAGGGGACACAAAUAUUCAGUCUAUAGCAGAACCCAACAUGCAGUGACUAAGGGAAAGCAGGAUCCUAGAGCCAAGGUUACCUGGUGAAUUGUUUCCAAGUCUCUCUAGAACACAGCUGUAGAAUGGCUUUCCUUUAGAAAAUAGUACCUUAUUUUCUUAUGCCCUGGAGUCACUGAAUUCACAUUUAAACUAAUCCGUAUUUCACUUUUAUUAUAUUAAUGGAGCUCUCGAAGACUGAAUGAAUUCAGGCAUCAGAUUGUAUAAACGGAUUGGCACAAAUUUGGGGUCUUAAGAGUUAAAAAGACACUAGAUAGAAUCUAUAAGUUUUUCAAAGUGUUCUUUGAAAAAUGAGUACUAUGAUCAAAUACAUUUUGAAAAUUCAUCCUCUUUUGUAGAUUUUUAAUGCGUAUUAAUAGCAUGUUAAUAGGUUCUGAAAAAUAGGUAACCUAGUAUUUAUUCACAGUAGUGUGUUUUCAAGAAACAGCUCAAAUAAAUCAUUCUGGGGCAAUGUGGGAAACAUGUUUUUUUUAAUUUGGUGGGAGUUGGUAACAUGUGAAGCAAAAUAUAAUUGUGAUAUGGACACAGGUCAACUUGACCUUUCUAUAAUUUCUAAAACAUUUUUCUCUGUUCCCAGAUGGUAGAACCAGUGACCUGAAUCAAUUUUAAUGUAAUUCAGCUUCUAAUCAGUUUAUUCUGACACAGUUGAAAUAAUUCUAAAAAAUUAAUAGAAAUGAGUACAAUUUUAAUAAAAGUACUAUCACAACUUAGUAAAUGUAUAUUCUCCUGACCAGAAGUAGUAGUUCUUUUAUGUGAAAAAAAAUAUAUAUGGGUGCAGUCUAUUUUUUCACUGCCCCACAGAUCCAAUUAAACUACCAUUUGGCAGCUAUUAUUUUCAAAACUACUUCUAAAUUCUAGAUUUAAAAUGUAUAAUUUCUCAAUAGACUUUUUCUACCUGUGUUGAGUUGGGGAACUUUUUCUCUUAAAUUUCUCAUUAAAAUCAGAAGAUAUUUUUAAUUGUGAAUGCCUUGUUAAACGCUAUGGCUAUACUGGUAGUCUGAACACUUUAUUAGUGGCUUAAAAUGUCUUUUACUUGUCUCUACAUUCCUGAAAAAUAUCCUUAUGCCAACUUGAGUCAUUAUAAAAAUGAAUUCUCUGAUAAUUAUUAGAGUUCUUCCAGCUUACUAGAAAAUAGAGGUGUAACAGCAUUAAAAUAAUUUCUCAUCUUCA